GAUUUUCUCUUCUUCUUCUUCUUCUUCUUCUGCAGAGAUGUUGUUGCGGAUCGCUGCCGUUUUGGCCUUGACGGCCCUGGCCCUGGGCCAAGAGGGCAAGUGGGAGAUCAUCUCCAACCCUGGCUUGACCAUUAACAUUGGUAUCACCUUCAAGAACGAGGAUGAAGGCUUUCUGGCUGGCGCCGUCAACGGUCUUGGUAACGAGAUCUUGCACACGGUUGAUGGUGGCCACACCUGGAACUCGACUCAGGGCAACCUGAACAACGACCUGCUGCUCUUCGACUGCGAAUGCUCGGAGAACACUGUCAUUGUGACCGCUGUUUUCAACGAGCUCUACUCCAAGGACGAUGGCCGCACUUUCAACGACUCGCUCGGUGGCGGUCACUCCCAGUCCAUCCGCUACAUCUCCACUGACAACGACGGCGAGCGCUUUGGCUGUGCCAACUCUUUCUUUGGCUAUGGUGGUGCUGCCAUCACCCACGAUGGUGGCGUUCUCUUUGAGCAGCGCCCUGCUCCCGAGCUCUUCACCUUUGCCCGCUACGGCGCCUAUCCCUCGGAAAACACUUGGUACAUCACCGCUGGUGAGUUCCCCCAGCAGGAGCAGGAUGACGACCAAGAUGACUUGCCUGCUGCCCUUCGCGCCCGCCUCCCUGGGGACAAGAUGGCUGCUCGUGGUCGCAAGUCUGUCUUCCAGGAUGAAUUUGGCCGCUGGCGCAAGGACCUUGGGGCCCACCGUCUUCAAAACACCACCGGCAGCUACAAGGCUCAGCUGAUCAAGACUGUUGAUGGUGGCAAGACUUGGAAGACGCAAUUCGCCCAGAACGAUACCUUUUACUUCAAUGGCAUUGACUGCACCUCUGAGACGCACUGCUGCGCUGUUGGCGAGUCGAUGGAUCUUCCCUUUGACGGCGCCGGUAUUUGGUGCACCCACGACGGCGAGACCUGGAACCGUACCUUUUACUCCCAGGACUCCAACAUUGGCGGAUUCUCUUUGAUUGAUAUCCGUUUUGCCAACGAGAACCUGGGCUGGGCUGUCGGCGGCGAGCUCGGUGAACUGGCACCCAAGGCCUACUUUGUUGAGACCCGCGAUGGUGGCAAGACCUGGGAUCCCUAUGCGCACGUCUUCUGGGGCUACUACGGUCUCGGCAUUGAGGUUGUCAACGAGAAGGUGGCCUACGCUGCCCUUGACGACACGGUGACUCAGCAGUCGGGCGUUGCCAAGUGGACCGCCUAAAUCCACCCAUCAGCUCCAAGCCUGCUCGAUUUUGUGGCCAGAAAAUAGUCUCGGACUUUUUUUUUAACCUCUCAAUCGAACAGUGUCUUUGAUUUUGUGUUUCAUCCAAGGACUGAUUGAUCUGGCUCAAUACAGGUCAUGUGCGCCCGAGUGGCGUGAACACCAGUUGCAAUGUUGGCAUUUGUGACAUAAAUUUAACACGCUCGUCCGC